AUGGCUCAGAUCUACUCAGUGGCCGACCUUCUCAAAAAACAUGCGGAGACUCGGGGGCAACAGAUAGCCUUUUCUUCCGCAGGUCACAAUGUCACCUACACUGAACUUGCCACCCGAACGGGCCAAAUAGCAGUCAACCUGGUGGGUGCGGGGGUCACUCGGGGAAGUCGAGUGGCCGUCGUCCUUGGGAGCUGCAUUGAAGCGAUCGAAAGCAUUUUCGCCAUCACACGUGCUGCUGCGGUCGGCGUCCCUCUGGAUCCGCGCGCAUCCCAGGCAGAACUAGCCAGGAUUUUGGAAAACAGCGAGGCCCAUGUUGUCAUUACGGACAGUCACCGUUUUAACAGGGUUUGUGCUGCGAUAUCCUCUGGGAAGACAAAGAUCAACACGAAAACCACUGUUGUCGUGGUCAACAAAGAGCCUGGCUUGGCAGAUCCGAGAGAGAGCGUGGAGGUGGAAGGGCUCACUGCUGAACGGUACGAGAACUGGUUCACGCAUACUUUGAACCCUGCUUCAGAGCAACAGAAGCCACUGGACGACUUGAGCUUGGAUGAGCCGGCUUGGUUACAUUACACCACAGGUACCACCGGCUAUCCCAAGGGUGUCUUGUCCUGCCAACGUGCGUGGAUGUGGUCCGCCGUGAAUAGUUAUAUCCCUUCACUUGGACUUGCGUCUACCGACAAGAUAUUCUGGCCGCUACCUCUAUUCCACGCCUUUGGUCAGUCCUUAUGUAUCAUUGGUACGCUGGCUGUCGGCGCGAGCACCCAUUUGAUCGGUGAUGAAUCUCUGCUUGACAGUCUGCGACUGCGCCCAGAGACAACCAUCAUUGCAGGCGCACCUACCUCAUUCCGCGAGCUCACACAGCAUUCCGCCCAGGAAGCUUUAGCUUUCAUCAAGCCUCGAGCAUGCGUCAAUGCUGGGGCAGCGGCACCCGCGGGACUCAGUACCCAGGUCGAGAAGUUUCUCGGAGUCCCUUUGAUCAACCACUACGGAUGCACUGAGUGUGGUCUCAUCGCCACAACCGGUCCAGGAGAUAGAUAUCCCGAAGAAUUUUGCGGACCGGUCGUCAAGGGCAUUGAUGUCCAAGUCCGAGGUUUGAGCAGAGAUGGGCAGGUAUCAGCUGAGGUUGUGGACGGAGGUGAGGGUGAGAUUUGCGUCCGUACCCCAAGCUUCAUGCUCGGAUACAAUGACAGCAAAUUCCCUUUAUCCAAAAUAGAAGAUGGCUGGUAUCGCACCGGUGACCUUGGGUGUCUAACGGAGACUGGGCCAGAUGCAGGACAGAGGAUUUUGACCGUUACUGGACGACUCAAGGAACUGAUAAUCCGUGGGGGUGAGAACAUCCAUCCAGGCGAGGUGGAGCGGGCCGUCCGCGCGGCUGCUGGAGUUGCUGAUGUUGUCGUUACUGGGCUCCCACAUGAUGUACUUGGAGAAGUGCCUGCUGCCUUCAUAGUGGCCGAGCCUCACGUCGAAUUAGAUAUGACGAAGCUGCUUAAGACAUGCCGUGCCGUUUUGCCAGAUUAUAAAGUGCCCGUCUCAUUCUACACUAUCGAAGCUAUCCCCGUCACAGCAUCAGGGAAGCCUAAGCGCAUCGCUGCGCUGGAUUUAUUGAACACUGAUGGGGCUUGUCGUCUGCUCGCUACGCCCUUCCUGGGCAGAGAUACAAUUGGACCCCUUGUGUUAGCAGAAUGCAUUGCUGUCUGCGGCAGUGGUAUCGGGCUUGAUAAUAUAGACCCUGAAGAAUCUUUCAUGAGUCUUGGCUUGAAUUCAAUGAAAAGUGUGGUUCUCCGGGAUCGACUUGCGUCUCUUACCGGGUUGGAUUUACCCAUAACCUUUGCGUUCGACAAUCCUACUCCGGCUGCGGCAAGCCAAUACUUCUAUGAUAGACUCUUUGGGACUCAACAACAGGAUGACGCAGCUGUGCCACAAGCACCAAAUGAAGCUGAUGGUCGGGAUCCAAUUGCCAUUGUUUCCAUGGAUUGCCGUUACCCUGGGGGUAUCUCGUCUGCUGAUGACCUAUGGUGUGCUGUAUCUGAUGGUCUCGAUUUAACAUCUGACUUCCCUACCAACCGAGACUGGGAUAUCGAUGCAUUGUACAACCCAGAUCCUGAUAAGGCUGGGACCUGUGUCGCGCGCCGUGGUGGCUUUCUUCAUGACAUGGCCGACUUUGAUGCGGAAUUCUUUGGAAUGUCACCUCGUGAAGCCCUUGCAACUGAUCCGCAACAGAGGCUCCUCCUCGAGACUACAUACUCACUUAUCGAACGGGCUGGAAUUGCCCCAUCCUCCCUUCGCGGUACCUCAACUAGUGUCUUUAUUGGUAUGAUUUACGCCGACUAUGCCAGUCGUUUUAAUCAUGGAAAAGGAGAAGGGCAUGAAUACGAAGCCCACCUUGAUAUCGGCUCAUCUCCCAGUGUUGCAGCCGGUCGUAUCUCGUAUACUUUUGAUUUUAAGGGCCCAUCCAUGGCCAUCGAUGCGGCAUGUUCUUCGUCGCUGAGCGCAAUCCAUCUGGCUGUCGCUUCUUUACAGACAGGAGAGAGCACUCUAGCCAUAGCAGGAGGCGCAACUAUCAUGUCUACACCUCGCCAGUUCAUUGCUUUCAGUAGACAGCGGGGUCUGUCAACGGAUGGUCGCUGUCGGCCAUACUCAGCUGAUGCAAACGGUACUGGAUGGUCUGAGGGUGUGGGUCUGGUCCUUCUGGAACGACUAUCAGAUGCACGACGCAAUGGACACACUGUGCACAGCAUCAUCCGUGGUUCCGCUGUUAACUCAGACGGCAGCUCAUUCGGUCUCACAGUCCCAAGCGGCCAAGCUCAGCAAGAGGUUAUCAAACAGACACUUCGACGUGCCGCACUUUCACCUGCGGACGUGGAUGUCCUUGAUGGCCACGGGACUGCGACCAUGCUCGGGGACCCAAUUGAAAUGCGAGCUGUACUUGAAGUCUAUGGAGACAAGGCCAGAUCCACACCACUGCUGGUGGGCUCCGUGAAGUCCAAUAUUGGUCAUACGCAGGCAGCAGCAGGUAUUGCCAGUGUGAUUAAGAUGGUCAAGUCUAUGGAGCAUGGUAUCGCACCUGCGUCCCUGAAUGUCUCUCAACCAACUCCUCAUGUCGACUGGACAAGCGGUGCAGUUGAACUACUUACCAAAGCUAAAAAGUGGCCAUCGACUCCUGAUGACCGUCCACGCCGGGCCGCUGUCUCUUCCUUUGGUAUCAGCGGCACGAACGCACAUGUCAUUUUGGAACAUGCCGGUUUCAACAAGCAGGAUCAAGAGGAUUGUGUCAGGGUACAGUCUGCAAAUGUGUAUCCUUGGCUCCUGUCCGGGGCGGAUGGAAAGGCGUUGCAGACACGUGCUCGCAGCAUGGCGACUUUGUGUCAUACCAAGGACGCGCUUGAUGUCGCCUUCUCCCUUGCUGUUACCCGCUCGCCCCUCUCACACAGGGCCGCUGUGACAGCUACAUCUGAUGAGGAGUUGCACGAAGCAUUAAUGGCUCUUGCGGAGGGCCGGCCGCAUCUGAGCGUUUCCACCGGGAUGGCCAAGGCUAGUAAGUCCGGGCGUUCCCAGUCCCAAUCUCGACUCGCCUUCCUCUUCUCUGGGCAGGGAAGCCAGCGAAUCGGUAUGGGUCAGAAGCUGUGUGCUCGCUUUCCUCAGUUUGACGCAGCAUUCCGUGAAGUUUGCAAAGAAUUAGACCAGCGGCUGGAUCGCCCAUUAUCAGAGGUUAUCGACUCUUCUUUUGAGGCCAACCCGAGCAACGGCAUGUGCCUUUUGGAUCGUGCUGAUUUCGCGCAAGCUGCGGUUUUUUCCUUUGAAGUCGCCAUGUAUCGCUUGCUGGAAUCGUUCGGUAUUCGACCUGACUACGUCGCAGGUCAUUCUCUCGGCGAGAUAGCUGCGGCCCACGCUGCUGGCUAUCUCUCACUCGCCGAUGCUGCCACGUUGGUCACUGCGCGAGGCUCUUUGAUGGCAGGAUUGCCCGAAGGGGGAGCGAUGGUUAGCAUCUCAGCUACUGAGAAGGAAGUGAAUGGGGUGAUCCGCUAUAUGAAUCUGGAGGCUACCACGGUUGCUGCUAUCAACACACCCGACUCUGUUGUGGUCUCUGGCCCCGCCGAGUCAGCUCUUUUCGUCAAGGGCCUCUUCGCUGCGCAGGGACGAUCUACCACUCAGCUUCGAGUGAGCCAUGCCUUCCACUCGCCUAUGAUGGCGCCGACCCUGGAUUCUCUGCGUGCGGCCAUCUCUCAUAUCUCCCCCUUGCCAAACAGCGGUAGCCCCAAGAUCCCACUGGUCUCCACAUUGACGGGUAAGCUGGUAGAAGCCAGAGAGUUGACCGCUGAGCACUGGAUUCAGCACAUCAUUUCUCCCGUCCGCUUUGCAGAUGCUCUUCGCACCCUCUCCGCCGACGCAAGUGUCACUACAUUUGUCGAGAUUGGCCCGUCGGCUCCACUUUCGAGCUAUGUUCCAGAUGCAAUUGCUACAUCGAGAAGCAAGCAAAAUGAGGUCGACGUCUUACUCAAGUCCCUCGGUCAGCUGUGGGUCCGCGGAAUUCAGCCUUCUGCAGGGACAUCUGGACAGGAAUGGAAACCCGUCUUCGACGGAAGUGGCGCGCGUAAAACCGAUUUGCCCGUCUACCCCUUCCAGCGACGUACGUACUGGCUCAAGGCCCCUUCGCCUGCACCUAUAAGCACCUUAGGAUCUGAACAUCAAUCCUCGAAGCCCGCCCCGCCCGCAUCUCCUGCAUCUUCCGUACCUUCCGCGUCACCCAAGUGUGCUCCUCUCGAAUUGUCUGAGCCAGAAUCCAGUUCGUCUCGUCCGGAAACACCUGCCACCGAGGUGAGUGUGGGGAUGGGCUGGGAGGACCAGCUCAGUCAAGUCCCCGCUGAAAAGCGCCGUGCCAUGCUUGUGGAAAUGGUGCAAGAUGAGGUAUCCGUUACACUUGGCUAUCCCGAUCGCCAUUCGUUGUCGCCAUCGGCGUGGAGCACCUCUUUCGUGGGCCUUGGCUGUGAUUCAUAUAUGGGGACCAUGCUUCGUGGUCGACUCGCCCAACUAGUUGCUGUCCAGUUACCCAUUGAUCUGAUCUUCAAUGAGGCCACAUCAACCGUGCAGUCUUUGAUUGAUUACUUGUUUGGUCAGAUAGUUUUGUGA